GUUGGCGGGGCGGUGGGGAGGGACGAGGGGGGUGAAGAUGAGGAGGUUGAACUGGAGGAGGAUGAGGGAAACGCUGUUGUUGUGAAUGGGACGCGGAAGGGGAGUUUGACGGCGGCGGCGAGGAGGAAGAGUUCGGUGAAGCAGGAUGGAGGUGGUGCGGAGGGCAAGGCGAAAGGGUGGUGGAGUCGAGGGCAAGGUGAGACUUGGCGUGCUUGCAUGGAUGUGAUGCGAGGGACCAUCACAGCUGCCCGACGGCCAUAGUGGAAGCUGGUAUUUCCGGGCUCGCAAAGUUCAGAGAACUCAUGCUUGACGUUUUCGCUUCCAUAGUUGUAUACCCAGGAGGGCUGACCAAUCUUGGCAACACAUGCUUUAUGAACUCCGUGCUUCAGUCAAUGGCAUCCCUACCCUCACUUUGCACAUACGUCUUGGAGCGGUCUAAAUACCACGCGCAGAUCAAGGUGUUUCCCGCAAGCGAACAGAAAGGCAAGAUUCCCAUGAAUCAUGCUCUAUACCAAUUAGCUUCAGGCAUAAAUCAACUGACGAAGCAUAGGAGAUCAUACCGGCCGAACGAAUUCAUGGAUGCGCUUGCGAGCAGUAAUGCCUCGAAUAGGAGGCUGAUGUGCUAUGAACAGCAGGAUGCACACGAGCUCUUCCAACUCGUAUCCGGUGCCCUCACCGACGAAGAACCGGACGACUCCGGGUUCCGGCAACUCCUUGAUCUCGAAUCAGUAGCAUAUCCACCCACCAAACACCAAGAAGCCGUUCAACAUCUCAAACGCGUGCAGGCCGUGAUAUAUGCCGGCAAGCGGCUGGAUAGCUACUAUUUACCGCCGCCGAUGCGGAAUCCGUUGACCGGAUUGAUGGCAAGCGCUAUUAAAUGUCAGACGUGUAAAUAUUCAAGCGGCGUGCGUCAUGAAGUUUUUGACAAUCUUUCGUUAGCCGUCCCUCUUGGGGUACGGCAAGUAUCCCUCGACUACCUCCUUCGCGCCUACAUGCGCCCCGAAAGCAUCCACGAUUACGUAUGCGCCCAAUGCUCCUUAAACGCCACGAACCACGCCAUUACGGGCGAGUACUGGGAGCUGACCGAACUUACACGCAAACUGCAAACGGAGUAUAAUGACUACGUUGCCAAGAUGUCGGAGGAUGCUGCGGCUGCUAAGCGGAGGAAUAAUAAGGCGGGGAAGGCGGGGAUCAAUGGGAAGCCGAAGGUGGCUGGUGAGGCGGAUGGGCAUGGAAACUAUAAGACCACGUCGGCGGAUAAUCUCAAGAUGAAGGACAUUCUAUUGACGAACGGAAGCAACGGCAGCAUCAACGGAAUCAACGGCAAGGGAACCCCGAACGGUGUACACGAUAUCAGCGAUGGAUCGUCACCUGGCGAAUCCCCAUCGUCAAGUGGCAUGGCCACACCUUCGUCGGACGAAGACACGCACACAAAGUUUCUCCCAGCGAACGUAACAGCCAAGCUGACAGAAAAACUGCAACUGACCGCAAACGUCACCUCCGCCACCCUCCCCAACGGCGUCUCAUCCCCACCCUCCAAACUCGAUCCGGCUCUCGUCCGAGGUCUCAAACAGCGCACCAACCUCCUCAAAGCGCACGCAAAGCGCCUGGUCACCUUGACCCGCGACCGCGACAUUGUCCGGCAAGCCUACAAAACCAAAGACGUCGACGCCGUCUUCCCUCCCACCGUCAAACGCGUCAAGAUCCUCGCGCCCCUUUCGCUGAAAGCGACCCAGAUCGCUGCACCCCCGCAGUGUCUCUGCCUGCACAUGCAGCGGUCGGUGUUCAACCCGCAGUCCGGCAGGAUUGUGAAGAAUAACCUGAGGGUGGAGUUUGAGGAGUUUUUAGAUAUCGGGCCGUACCUCACUGCCGGGCGGAUUGGACAGUAUUUUGCGGGAGAGGGCGUGUCGAGGGGGACGUGGGAGGCGAUACAUAGGGCGAGGAUAUACCAUGAGCGGGCGGUGGAGGAGGCCAGGGCGAAGGAUGAGGAAGUGAAAGCUGCUGCGUCAAAGUUGGAAGCGUCGUCGUCUGCACCGACGUUGUUUGUGUUUCCUCCGGAUGAGUCGAUACCCAACGGCACGCCGCCGCCAGCAGUUUCGCAAAUUCCGAACCGCACGUCAAAAGCAUCAUCGCCACCAGCAGUCUCCCACCACCCCAACGACACACCAACACCACCAUCAACCCCGCCAGCCGCCCCCGACACCCAAACCCCACCCCUAGAACCCGACUCCACCUCCCCCUCCACCCACGCCCCCAUCCCCCCAGACCUCAUCCCCCCCUACCCACACAUGUACCGCCUCGCCUCCGUCGUCCUACACUACGGCUCCCACGAAUCCGGCCAUUUCAUCGCAUACCGCCGCAUCGCCGUGCCUCUUGACGCCAACGGGGAUGCGACCGACAAGGAAGCGGUUGCGACCGAGGACGUGUGGUACCGUAUAUCGGACUCCAACGUCGAUGUUGUGAGUCUGGAGGAGGUGCUGGAGCAUGCGGCGGGACAUGUUUAUAUGCUGUUUUAUGAGAAGUGGGCGGGUUGAUUGGGGGCCGGGAUUUCUUGACGACGCCAUCCACACACAUGAGAGUAUCACCGGUCGUUGUAGCGCAGAUAGGGAUUCGGGAAAGUACUUUUUUUUUUGGGAGAAGUAGUAGUCGCGGAGAAGUCAUUUGUGCGCUUUCGUUUAUCAUACCAUGGUUGUUUUCAUAGCGCACGUUUUCAUAUGCAUUGUGGGAUUAUAUGAUUCCAUUUGAUGAACAGGGCGGGUGUCUUUAAGCGAA